AUGUCUCCAUCUAUCGAAAGCCCCAACGGAGACAAUGGCGCCGUCAAUGGCACUCAUAUCGAGAAAGACAAGAUUUCAGCAACUCCUACAAAUAACUCUUCUGUCGAGGCAGCACCAGCCUCCGUCUCGGCCAAAGAGUUGAUCGGAUACCACGAAGCUUCGCGGUUCGCCGGCGAGUAUCUGGCAGGCAAGGUCCGUCGCACCAUCGAGCAGUGCCCGGGGCUUGGACGACAUAUCCUCGACGUUGGCUUCGGGACAGCGCUGGCCCAGACCAGCCUGAGCUACCGCGAAUGGGCCCUGGUCAGUAUCGCCACGCUGACGGCGCUGGGCGACGUCGACGAUCAGCUCAAGGUGUACGUCACGGGGGCGCUGACCCACGGCGCCACGAUUGAGGAGAUCCAAGACAUUUUCCGGCACGCCAACUCGUUCGCCGGCGCUCCCAGGUCGGUCAAUGCCGUCCGCCAUACCCACGACCUCUUGUCGCAAUGGCAGUCGGGGUCUGAGCCGCGACAGUUGCCACUACCAAAAGGAUACACCGAGUCGAUCGUUUUACUCGGCGACCACGAGACCAUGGUCCGCGACACCGGCGGUUCGGGGAUCCCCAUUGUGCUCAUCCACGCCCUCAGCAUGGACGGACGAAUGUGGCGACAAGUUCUACCACUUCUCGCUGCCUCGGGCACCCGUGUCAUUGCCUACGAUCUGCGCGGCCACGGAUACGCGCGCGGGGCACCCCUCACCCGCGAUCUCGAGCAUCUGUGCGCCGACCUGGCCCUGCUUCUGGACCGGCUGGGCGUCGAGCGAGCCGACGUCUACGGGGCCUCGUACGGCGGCGCAGUGGCGCAGUACUUUGCGCUCGACAACCCGCAACGCACGCGGUCUCUAGCGGCCAUCGCAACGGCGGGGAAAGCGACGGCCGUGCUGGCGACGCGCGCGACGCGCGCAGAGGAGCACGGCAUGGACUCGCUGGUGGCCGAGUCGGUGAUACGGUGGUUCCUGCCCGAGACCAUCGCGCAGGACACAUGGUGCGUGCGGUACGCCCGCGGGUGUGUGCGUCGGGCGCGCGUCGAGGACUGGGCCGCCGCGUGGCGAGCCAUGGCCCGACUCGACUGUCUGGAGCGGCUGCCAUCUCUCAAGACGAUGCCCGUGCUGUCGCUGGCCGGCAAGCAGGACCUCUCGGCCACGCCGCCCAUGAUGAAGGCCAUCGCCGACGCGUGCACCGGCAACCCCAACGUCGAAUACCACGAGAUCGACCCGGGCACGCACAUGAUGGCCAUGGAGAUGCCAAACCCCGUGGCCGAGAAGCUGGUCGCGUUCCGCAAAAGGGUUGAUGGGUUGGUACACAAGUAG